CACAACCAAAAAGCAACAAACUUCCAGUUCGAUGGUCCAACCAAAACCGAACUCCGAAGACUAAGCUUUCCUCAUUAUCGUGAUCAUCGGAAUGGGCUAUCAUUACCAAAAUUCGAAUGCUCUCUACAAGGUGCGGGCACUCAAGACGGCCACAACCGCGAAAGAAGUCGAGCAAAGCAUGGCCGCUAUUGCCGAUUACGUCGGAACGAACAUAAGCGCGCAGAGGUUGGACGCCAACUUGAGGAUAGAGAGCCGGCGAGACAUCACCUGUGCUGGUGGCCUAGAAGCUAUCAUCAAAGGCAUGGCCGAUUUMGAACGGAAUCUAGCUGUUCAGGUAGCGGGAUGCCGAGCUCUAGCCAAUCUUUCUCACAGAGGAGGCUACGAGUGCAAGGAUUACUUUGGCCAAUCUUCCAAUCGACGACAAAUGCUUAUCGCUCGAUCCGGAGGAAUCGACAUUGUUUUGAAAGCAUUGGRCACUCAUAGCUAYGCAGUCGAUGACUACAACCACACCGUUGCUUGCAACACGGAUCUUCAAGAACACGCAUGCAGGGCUCUUUGGGCACUGUCCUUCAAUCCCAAAGUAAAAAAGGCGAUCGUUUUCAAAGGCGGAAUAUCUUCCAUUCAAACCGUAGUCGUCAACACAGCCAGAAAGGAGGCGCGAUCAAGGGCAGUAUUCUGGGCCAGAUUGGCUCUCAAGAACUUGGUUAACCCGGAGAGGGGUGGAGGAUGCCUCAGCAAAUUGGUGGUGAUUCUUGGUUUCCUAUCAGGCGUUGGAUUUGCGAUCUAUCUUCUUCUUCCACAAGGUCUUUAGUUUUUGAUAUUCAUCGUGACUUUAGUGCACAAUAAUAGUUGUAAAUGACA